UAUAACUGACCUCAUUAUCCGAGUAGCUUAAGAUUGUAAGACCCAAGUGAACCCUAGAGCAGGCAUUGAACAACCCUCGACUAUAAUUCCGCCGUGAAAAGGUUUCUCACAAAACCAUCUGCCAUUCGGAGAGCACACAUAAAUGUAUUCCAUUUCACUGCGAAUUCCGAGCGUAAAUUCCACCGAAAAUGAGUGUGAGUAUGUAUUAUGACUCAUCACAUUAUUGAAUAGAAGUUGCCACUCCAGCGAAUUAAUAAAAUUUCUUUUGUCCUCAGAAAUCAUAUUCAAUUUAAUAUUCCUUUUAUGCGCACAAUUUUUAUUGAAAAUAUCUGCAAUAAUUUUAAAAAUAAGCUGUGUAGUACUACAUUCAUAGCUAAGUGGGAUAGAAUAAACAACAACCAGCGAUGACUUCAACUGUGUCAACUCACGUGAAUUGAGUUUUAUACGCUUACGCUUAUGCUAACUCAUAUGUAUGUAAGUGUACUCGUAGAAGAGAUGACAUUGAACUCUGGGGUUUGUCUGGUAGGUGCAAUGUUAAACGCUACCCAAGCUGCAAGUUUUAUGGCAAAUGCGUAAGCAACCACCAACUACGCCUACAACGUCAUACUUUAUCGAUUUAAUAGCAAGCUGGGUGACCAGCCACUAUGAGUCAUGUUUAUCUGUAAAAUUUUGCAGAUAAAGUUGCAAAAGAAGCGCCCUACACUUGCCGAGAUUAUCUUAUAAAAAUAUAUGAUACUCUAGUAGUUGGAGCUAGUCAGCAAAAUGUAUCUCAACAAUUUAGUUGUUGUGCAUUGAUUUGCAUUUGAGGCACUGUAACCUAAGUACUGCGACAAUAACUGCACAGAGGCAGCGCAUGCGCUCAAGCGCUUUCAUAUAUCUACUUAGGAAAGAGUACAGCAACGGGAACAGCGAAAAGAGUAAUGCAAAAGCUGGACACUACGCCACUUUUAUGGCCAACUUUUUCGCAUGAAAACAAAGUAAUCGCUUUGCUGGUGUAAUCCGCCUGCUGCCUCAUUGAAAAUCCACAUCAAUGCGCAAAAACUUACAACAACACUAUUUGGCAACACUGAAAAAAUGUGCCACGCCGCCAAUGGUAACAGCAACACCACCCGUUACAACAACACAACCGCAACGUCAGCAGCAAACGAAAGCACAAUUGUCAGCGACUACACAAUUGCAACAAAAGGAGCAGCAGAAAAUCAAAUUGCGCUCGAUUUGCGCCUCGCCUAAGCGUUACAUGUUGACGUCAAGCGGUAUUGGGGGCCUGUGUUUGGAUUGUUUUCACGUCGCACUUGGCAGCAGUUUACCGCCUGCAUACAACCGUUCAAGGUCAAAUGGCACAAGCGCGCUGCAGGCAACAACAGCAACAGCAAUACAAACACCAAACGACAUAAAAGCAGUGGUUCAAGCAACAACAGCGCCAGUAGUAACAGCAACGGCUGCUGUAACAGCUGAGACAAAAGCAGCAACAGCUGCUACUGUUGACAGUGCGAUGAAUUUGUUAGUGGCAAGCGCUGGUGGUGGAGUAGGCAAAAUAGAAACAACAGCUUCAGCAGCUAAACAGCAAACACGUGUUGCUGAGGUAAAAAUAUGGAAAGUUUUAAAAAAAUAAGUGUUUCAGUUUUUUUGUUGUUAAAUUUGAGCGCACGCCCACUGUGUGUGUUACGUACAUAUACGCAGCUUUACAGUGCAUUGCGCGCAAUAAAGUGUGUAUAUUUCAUGCGCGUCGCCAUCAGCUGAUAAAAAAUCGUUUAAUUGUAUGCUUUCUCAGCUAAAAAGCAGCCAGCCAGGCAGCUUUGCAUUGCAUUUGUGUUGGUGAUAGUACAAAGUGUACAAAGGUAAAUGGCCACCAUACAUACAUACAUACAUGCAUACAUCACAUUACUCAUACGCCAUGCGCGACGCCUGUGACCGAACAGCAACUGCGAAAUUUCCCAAGAAAUAUAAGAAUACUUGUUGCUAGGUGCGCUGUGAGCUUAUAUUAAUACGUUUGCAGCUGAUGGCAAGUAUGAAAAGCU